ACCGGAGACCGCUCCGACGCGCCCUCGCGAUUUCACACACCGCAAUUUAAAACAUACCCUCUACAUUACACACUCACAUAUUCACCACCAACAAAUGAACAUCACCAUGAACACCCUAUGAACAUUACGAGAGACGAACGAUUCUAAUCACCGGCCACCUACCAACUAAGACGACCACUAAACAACAACUGCUUAAUUAUUAACACGACUCUGUGAAGAUUGCGAACCGAAGACAAACACAGCAUGGCUGCAGUCAGUAGAUACAGUUCCUACAACUGCCUAACGGGCUGGGACAGUUACGAUAAGAUACCCAGAGUCCGUGUGGAAUACUACGUGAACGAGAAUACUUUCAAAGAAAGACUGCAACUUUAUUUUAUAAAAAAUCAACGAUCGAGUUUACGCAUUAGAAUAGCGAACUUAUUUUUCAAACUAUUGGCCUGCGUGCUAUACAUAUGUCGUGUAUGUGCUGAUGGAGAUCCUAUUUCUGCAUCAUGUUAUGGAUGUAGACCGGGAAAUAAGACUGAAUUUGAAUAUUCGGCAAACUUGACGGAGGAGGAAUUUCAAGAGCAUCCAAUAAUCAACUGGGACGGAAUAAUAUGGGUCAACAGGCCGCUGUACUUGUGGAUAGUGCAAGUCAUCUUAGCCAUGAUAUCGUUCACAGAAGCUAUACUCCUUGCUUAUUUAGGAUACAAGGGAAAUAUCUGGCAGCAAGUGUUAUCAUUUCACUUUAUCUUGGAAAUGGUGAAUACUAUCCCAUUCGCAUUGACUCUGCCCUUUCCACCGCUACGAAAUCUGUUCAUACCGGUAUUCUUAAACUGCUGGCUAGCAAAAAGAUCACUGGAAAAUAUGUUUAAUGACCUUCACCGCGCCAUGCAAAAGUCGCAAUCAGCGUUAUCACAACAAUUAAUGAUACUGUGUGUUACAUUGCUAUGCCUCGUUUUCACAAGUGUUUGCGGCAUUCAGCACUUCCAGAGAGCCGGCCACCGACACCUAAAUCUAUUUCAAGCUACAUAUUUCGUCGUGGUCACAUUUUCAACCGUGGGCUAUGGAGACUUCGUGCCGGAUAUUUGGCCCUCGCAACUUUUCAUGGUGAUAAUGAUUGGCGUCGCGCUAGUCGUUUUACCGACACAGUUCGAGCAAUUAGCAUUCACGUGGAUGGAAAGACAGAAAUUGGGAGGAUCGUACUCAUCGCACCGAGCCCAGUCGGAGAAGCACGUGGUUGUAUGCUCUACUACUCUGCACGCUGACACUAUCAUGGAUUUCCUUAACGAAUUUUACGCUCACCCAUUGCUGCAAGACUACUACGUGGUCCUUCUAUCGCCAAUGGAACUUGAUACUACCAUGCGAAUGAUAUUGCAGGUGCCUAUUUGGGCGCAGAGGGUCAUCUACAUUCAAGGAUCGUGCCUAAAGGAUACAGAUUUGAUUCGAGCACGCAUGAAUGAAGCCGAAGCAUGCUUUGUUUUGGCGGCUAGGAACUACGCGGAUAAGACGGCAGCUGAUGAACACACUAUCCUAAGAUCAUGGGCUGUGAAGGAUUUCGCACCCGAUGUACCCCAGUACGUGCAGAUAUUUAGACCUGAAAACAAAUUGCAUGUCAAAUUCGCCGAGUUCGUGGUCUGUGAAGAUGAGUUCAAGUAUGCGUUGCUUGCGAACAAUUGCACAUGCCCUGGCGCCUCUACCUUGGUAACGCUGCUUCUACACACUAGCAGAGGACAAGAAGGCCAACAAUCGCCAGAGGAGUGGCAUCGGCUUUACGGAAAAUGCUCCGGAAAUGAGAUAUAUCACAUCGUUUUAGGGGACAGUCGAUUCUUUGGAGAAUACGAAGGAAAAAGCUUCACUUACGCUAGUUUUCAUUCCCACAGGAAGUAUGGCGUGGCGUUAGUUGGUGUACGCCCAGCUGAAUUGCCAGAAUUUUACGAGGACACAAUAUUACUGAACCCUGGACCUCGACACAUCAUGAAAAGUAGCGACACCUGCUACUACAUGAGUAUAACAAAAGAGGAAAACUCAGCUUUUGUUGUUUCCGAGAAACAAACGGAAAACAGACCGACUAUUCCCAAAGAUCAAACGACAUGUAGCCUUCUUUCGAACGAGAAGAAGCCAGUCGAUGAGGAGGAGGGCUCUGGCCAGCAGAAAAAACCAGACGGUAGUAGCGUCGCUCAAUACGAACUCCCACAAGUGAUUCUCCAAGCUCCCGCGAGUUCCACACCAAACGCAUCGCCAUCACGCAUCAAUCAAGCUAAUACCGUAUCAUCCGCUAAUUUUACUGUCGCUAGCUCUAAACUUGGCGAAGGCACUUCCACGUCAGACUCUAGGACUUGUUUGAAGGAUUCGCCGGGCACUGACAGUGCCACUGACAGCCAUUUGUUGUUGCCAAAGCCUGACAAUUCCAAUUUUCUGAGUCCAGACGCUUUGAACUUCCGGAGAGGUAGCAGGAGGCCGUCAAUUUUGCCAGUUCCUGACAUGGUGACGAGCAGUCUCAAUAACAUCCCCUCUGACAAUCAAGAUGAGGGUGCGGAUCACGAAGACGAAAGCGAGGACGAACUGGAGGACGAUGUCCCAUGGAGGUCUCCCUCAGAAAAAAUUGCCGAUGACAUCACCACCAGCAGUUUCUCGUCUCUGGCCGGCAGUGACGUCGCGCACAGCGCCUGGCGAAACGACUUCACUAGGAUCGUUAAAGGAUUUCCGCCAGUAUCACCAUUCAUUGGAGUGAGUCCGACGUUGUGCUACCUGUUGAAGGAGAAGAAACCGCUUUGCUGCUUGCAGCUGGCUCAAGUUUGUGAGCACUGUGCAUACCGAAACGCAAAAGAGUACCAAUGGCAAAACAAAACGAUUAUACUCGCAGCGGACUACGCUUCCAAUGGGAUUUACAACUUUAUAAUUCCACUGCGAGCGCACUUUCGCUCCAAGACUUCGUUAAAUCCUAUCAUUCUAUUAUUGGAAAGGCGGCCCGAUAUAGCAUUCUUGGACGCCAUUUCUUACUUCCCUCUGGUAUAUUGGAUGUUGGGAUCUAUUGAUUGCUUAGACGACCUAUUACGUGCCGGCAUCACCUUGGCUGAGAACGUCGUUGUGGUGAAUAAGGAACUAUCGAACUCCGCCGAAGAAGACAGCCUCGCUGAUUGCAACACCAUCGUAGCUGUUCAGACCAUGUUCAAAUUCUUCCCAUCGAUCAAAUCCAUAACAGAAUUGUCACAAUCAUCAAACAUGCGAUUUAUGCAAUUUCGGGCUCACGACAAAUACGCGUUACACCUCUCAAAAAUGGAAAAGAACAUUUAUAUUUUACAGCGUGAAAAAGAACGAGGAUCACAUAUCUCUUACAUGUUUCGACUGCCGUUCGCGGCCGGCUCGGUCUUUUCUGCCUCAAUGUUGGACACGUUGCUGUACCAAGCAUUUGUAAAGGAUUACGUCAUAACAUUCGUUCGACUCUUGCUGGGAGUAGACCAAGCGCCGGGAUCAGGGUUUCUUACUUCGAUGAAAAUUACGAAGGAAGACAUGUGGAUCCGUACAUACGGUCGGCUGUAUCAAAAAUUGUGUUCUACGACCUGCGAAAUCCCAAUAGGGAUCUAUCGUACUCAGGACACUAGUCUCACUGAUCCCUCUCACCACUUGCAGCAGGAGGAUGGCGAGGGCGGAGGUUUGGGGGCGUGCGGGCGCCGGGAGGCCACUAGCUGCCUCGGCGGCUGCUACGGGGAACGCACGCCGGCGUAUUCUACUAGUCUCGCCGACGAAGCUAGAGAUAACCAUGCUCAGCAGAUUGAAAGGGCAGAAAUAGCAAACUUAGUCCGAUCAAGGAUGGAGUCAUUGAAUCUAACUGGAAUAGAUUAUGAUGACGUAAGCGAAAAACGAAACAGUCUUUCGUACGUCAUAAUAAACCCUAGCUGCGAUUUGAAUUUGCAGGAAGGCGAUAUAAUAUACUUGGUCCGGCCGUCCCCGUUCUCAGCGCAAAAAACCUUCGAGCGACACAACAGCAGGCGCAAGUCAAACAUCAGCUUCUGUUCCCAAGCUCUGAUACAAGCGCAAGGAGUGGCCAGCAGGAGGGGCUCCGGGAUGGGCGCGAGCUUCAACCAACCUCGUGCUCCGCCCUUGUCCACUCAAAAGGCAAACUCUCUGUCUCUCCCUGAUAGUCCAACAAUCAUUACCGACUUUCGCGGACGUUCAAAUUCGCUGCGUGUAGUUGAUGACAUUCUUCUCCGCCGCUCCAAUUCCUUGCGUCAAGGACUGAGCGGGGCUGGCUCGCGACGCAGGAAAAGCAGCCUUGAGGAAAUUGGAAUUUCCCAUUUCAACUCACUUUUACAACAUCAACAACAACAGCAGCAACAGAAUGCGAAUGCCAUAAAAAUUGCACUGAACGGCAGUAUUGGCUUGGAAGUGACGCCGCCAGAGGAGAUGCCGGAGCGCCUGCCAGGCCCCAGCAUGCCUCUCGGCGGCUACCAGGAGAUGGCCGCCGCGCUGCCGUCGACGUCUGUCGGCCCGUCCCUGCCGCCAGCUGCGACCCCCGACCCCCAGCAUCUGCAGGGGACUAUUGUAUGAUACCACCUUAUGUGGGGACGUCGACUUAGCUCCGUGGUGAGGAACAAAUGGACGUAGAUUUAAACCCAUGCUCGUUUAUGUCGAUCUCGAUCUCCUCUGUAUCCGUUAGUAGGUACACUCGUCCAUUGAUCUUCGGAGUAUAUCAAACUCGUAGCGUCUCUACGUUUAGAAGUAGUAUAAGUAGAUAUUAUUGUACAUUUUCUUAAAUUAAUAUGUAAAUUAAUACCUUUUAAACAUGAUUAGUGGUGUAGACUGGUGGUAAAGGAGCUGUGUAAUGUAAGCGGGAUCAACUAGUUUCUACUUAAAGGGGAUAAUUGUCAGCAGAAAGCUGAUUGUAAAUAUUAAAGCUUUAUUUCCUAUAUGAAUACAUGAAUUGUAUUGUAUAUAAUGGAAUGGUUUUAACAAAAUUAAAUGUAAGUAUACAUAUUAAUAGAAACUUAACGCCAGAGAUGCAAUUUUCUAAAGUUGUUGACCAAACGGACAGAACUACAUGUAAUCACGUUAUCAAUUGAUUCCAGUAUAGAUUCUACUACAGACAUUCUUACGUAUAUCAUUAGAUUUGUUGUCUAAAUCAAAUAUUUAUUCACAUAGCGUCAAAUCCAGAUGAUAUAAUAAAGUAAUACUAUAUCUUAAAA